CUUUUCAACUGGAAAGAGGAGAAAUCUGACUGAGAGAGAGAGAGAGAGAGAGAGAGAGAGAGAGAGAGAGAGAGAUUUUCAACUGGAAAGAGGAGAAAUCUGAGAGAGAGAGAGAGAGAGAGAGAGAGAGAGAGAGAGAGAGAGAGAGAGAGAGAGAGAGAGAGAGAUGGCCAUGAGCAUAUACAAAGACGCAAAGCAGCCAAUAGAAGCUCGGGUAAAAGACCUUCUCUCUCGAAUGACUUUGAAAGAGAAGGUAGGCCAGAUGACUCAAAUCGAGAGGUCCGUCGCCCAUCCCUCCGCCCUCAGAGACCUUUCCAUCGGGAGUGUCCUCAAUGGUGGCGGCAGUGCUCCAAUGGAGCAAGCCUCUGCUUCUGAUUGGGCAGAUAUGGUGGAAUCCUUCCAGAAAUCAGCACUAGAGUCGCGUCUGGGGAUCCCAAUCAUCUAUGGAACAGAUGCCGUCCAUGGCCAUAGCAACGUGUUUGGUGCCACCAUCUUUCCACAUAACAUUGGACUAGGAGCUACCAGAGAUGGAGAUUUGGUUCAAAGGAUAGGGGCUGCAACUGCCUUGGAAAUUAAAGGAACUGGAAUACAUUGGACCUUUGCUCCCUGUGUUGGUGUUUCUAGGGAUCCCAGAUGGGGAAGAUCCUACGAGUGUUUCAGCGAAGACACUGAAAUUGUUCGGACCAUGACCUCCAGCGUUGCUGGCUUGCAAGGAGUACCACCUGAAGGACACCCCAAUGGCUACCCUUAUGUCGCUGGAAGAAGGAAUGUUAUUGCCUGUGCUAAGCAUUUUGUGGGAGAUGGGGGAACGGAUCGAGGGAUAAAUGAAGGCAAUACCAUCGCAUCCUUUGAUGAUUUGGAGAGGAUUCAUAUGAGGCCUUAUUUGGAUUGUCUUGCUCAGGGAGUCGCCACUAUUAUGGCAUCUUAUUCCAGCUGGAAUGAUACACAAUUGCAUUCUCAUCGUUUUCUCCUAACCGAAAUUUUGAAAGAGAAGCUUGGCUUUAAGGGGUUUGUGAUUUCAGACUGGGAAGGUAUAGAUAGGCUCAGUCAUCCUCAUGGAUCGGACUUCACCUAUUGCAUUUCUGCUUCGAUCAAUGCAGGAAUGGACAUGGUGAUGGUGCCUUUCAGAUAUGAAAAAUUCAUCAAAGAACUGAUAUAUCUGGUGGAAUCAGGGGAGAUACCAAUGGCCCGGAUUGAUGAUGCAGUGGAACGGAUCUUGAGAGUUAAAUUCGCCGCUGGGAUUUUUGAGCAUCCUCUCGGUGACAGAUCUUUGCUAGAUACAGUCGGUUGCAGGAUGCAUAGGGAACUGGCACGUGAAGCGGUUCGCAAGUCCCUGGUCCUGUUAAAGAAUGGAAAGGAUCCAAAGAAACCAUUUCUUCCUCUAGACAGAAAUGCUAGAAGAAUUCUUGUUGCAGGGAGCCAUGCUGAUAAUCUUGGGUUCCAAUGUGGAGGAUGGACAAUAGCCUGGCAUGGAGGCAGUGGUAGAAUCACGAUUGGCACUACUGUAUUGGACGCCAUUAAACAAUCCGUCGGAGAGGAAACUGAAGUGAUCUUUGACAAAAACCCGUCACUUUCGACGCUAGCCGGCCAAGACUUCUCGUAUGCAGUCCUUGUUGUAGGAGAGCCUCCAUAUGCAGAAGGGUUGGGUGACAAUUCGGAGCUCAAGAUACAAUUCGAUGGGCCCCAUCUGAUCAAUGUCAUCACUAGUCGCAUUCCCACAUUGGUGAUUUUAAUAUCUGGGCGGCCACUAGUCUUGGACCCCAAGCUGUUGGAGAAUAUGGAUGCUCUGGUUGCAGCAUGGUUGCCAGGGAGCGAGGGAGCGGGGAUUACAGACGUUGUGUUUGGAGACUACGAAUUCGAAGGUGUGCUGCCAAGGACAUGGUUUAGAACUGUUGAUCAGCUGCCCAUAAAUCAUGGGGACCAGUGCUAUGACCCUCUAUUUCCUCUUGGCUUUGGGCUGAGAAUGAACAUGAACAAUCCAACCGGGAACGUGUAGACACUUGUGUGAGGACGCCUUCCAGACACCCGUGGCUCAAGCAUGCUCAAAUGUUGCACAUGAGUGCAGAAGGUGGGACCACCGGCGAAGAUGUCCUGCCCUGAAAAUCAGGCCAUUUCGCUCAUCUUGUGGGCCAGGUGUACAAAAGGAAUGGAUUGGAGCAAUGUUGUUUUGCUUUAAAACUAUAUGGGGAUGAAUAUAUAAAUAAUGAAAUCGGUAUGACUCGGCCAAGUCGACACAGUUUCAGAAUGUUGUGAUUAGUGUAAGAACCAGGUCCCGAACCGGUUUGUAUGCUCUAUUCUCUUGCUGUUUAGGCUCCUACUUGAGCUGUCUCAAUACAGAUUUUUAAAUAUGAA